AAGCUUGGGGAAGAAACUUGUCACUAUGAAAGAUCCUGAUGAGAAUAAAACAGACGUAGACCUCAUCAUUACUGGAAAUGAAGACGCUGAUGAAGAUCUUCUGGAAGGAGAUAUUCUUGACGACACUAAAAGCCAGUUUAGAACGGCUGUCAGGAGCGAGAGGAAGAAAUGGCCGAAAAACGCGGACGGCAUCGUCGUCAUCCCCUACGUCAUCAUCAGUCAACAGGAGUUUUUGGAAAGGCACGUGAACCAGAUCGAGGCCGUGAUGGAGGAGUUUGCCGCUCGGACCUGCCUGCACUUCGUCCCGAGGACCGACCAAAGGUCUUACCUCCGGAUCAAAAGGGCAAGAACGUGCUCUACCACCGUCGGCCGCAAGGGGGGCCCGCAGACCGUGAACCUGAACGGCGUGUGUGCGAAGCGGAAAGGACCGAUCCAGCACGAGCUGAUGCACACCAUCGGCUUCCUGCACGAACAGUCACGGGCAGACAGGGACAAGCACAUCAAGAUCCUCUGGGACAACAUCAAGACGGGACGCAAGGCUAACUUCAAGGCCGCCGGGGUUAAAGGUUACACGCUCCUGGGCCUUCCCUACGACACCCGGUCCGUCAUGCACUACGGCCCGAAAGCCUUCUCCACCAAUCGGAGGCUGCCGACUAUGGUGUCCAAGGACCCUACCAAGAGGAUCGGGGGGACCAGGGGGUGGACUAACCUGGAUGUGCUCAAGGUUAAUACGUUGUACAAGUGUGAUGCCACAGUGACGGGAAAACCGAUCCCGAAGUGGCAUCCUCACGGCGAUAAACAAGAACAAGCGACACAGGGUACAACAGAGCUGACUCCGACUCAUGCCGGCAAACAGACAACAGCCAGAGAGGACGGGUGGCCUACAAAUGAAAACCCCAAAUCUGUUACCAUGCCACCGUCUGACACUAUGCCGUCUGUCACCAUGCCAACGUCUGACACUAUGCCGUCUGUCACCAUGCCAACGUCUGACACUAUACCAACGUCUGUCACUAUGCCAACGUCUGUCACCCUGUCAACCGUACCCUUGGAGAUGACAACUGGUGAGACCACGACAGCUACAAGAGUACGCAGAACAAGAGUUGUGUGUACAUUCGACGAAGACCUGUGCGGCUUCACACAAGGAACCAGAAAUGACUUCAAUUGGAGCUGGAGUCAGGAGGGUAAGGGAACUCCGUCCAGACGAACAGGACCCAAAUCAGACCAUACUGGACACGGCCGCUUUCUUUUCAUUGAGGCAACAAAGAAGGCGCCCGGAAAGAAAGCCCGUGGUUUUUCACCUGUGUAUAACACCACAGGACCACACUGUCUGACGUUCUACUACAACAUGAAGGGUCAGGGGAUCGGUUCUCUCAACGUCUAUCUACGCAUGGUUGGCAUGGCAACCGAUGACGUCAGAAAGCUUUGGUCUCGAUCUGGGCCCCAAGGCAACAGGUGGUCGAAAGCGGAAGUUACAUUUAACACGGCUGCGAAUUUUCAAGUGAUUUUCGAAGGUGUCCGAGGCACUAGUUCACGAGGGGACAUCGCUAUAGAUGACAUGACCCUUGACACAGGGUCAUGUGCAUAGCAGCCAAUCAGCAGCCCUGGUGACAGGUCACAUGGGGUCAAGUACGAUGUCAUUGUUGUUCAAGCUGAAACAGAGCAUGUCGGCAGAACGUACUGUGUCUGUGCGAAACCCAGAUUUUUCACGGUUUUUGUUGGAUGUUUGGUCAAAAUUACAUUAGAAUUUUCCCUGUCGCAGAACACAUCUUUCCAACACAACGUUUAAACACUAUAGAUGGGAUGUUAAAAAUCAAAUAUGUGAAUAUGACCUUAAACGAGAUGUUCUGCUGAAGUUAUGCACAAUAAAUUACAGAUUUAUAAUUGCAGGUGAAGUACAUUCUGCCAACGUACUGUGAGACAGGCACAAGGAAAGGAGGGGGAGGGUUGGAAAAAAGGACUGGGUAACUAGCUAUAGCAAAUGUUGAUAGAAGUGAUACUAGGGUGUAUAUAAAUACUAGACAGUAGUUGAAUGAAUUGAAAGGGCUUUAUUGAAUUAUGUAUAGUAUUUGAAAAUGAUUUGAAGAUGUUUGAUUGUUAAGAUGGCAUAAAUGCUCUUGAAAAACUUUGGUUCUAAAUAUAACACAGUGUAAACACACUGUACACAAUAUACACACCUAUAAGGUUUGGUAAAAAUACAGGUCACAUGAAA